UUGAGACGAACAGAGACAGAGAAACAUGGCAGAAGAAGCUCCAGCAGCUGCACCGGCUAAAGCUCCGGCCAAAGCCCCGAAGAAGAAGGCGGUCCGGUCCAAGACGGACGGACCCAGCCUCCCGAAGCUGAUCGUCGCCGCUGUGGCCGAGUCCAAGGAGCGGAAGGGGAUCUCACUGGCUGCGAUCAAGAAGGUGCUGGCGACGAAAAAGGUGGAUGUGGCGAAGUCCAACAAACGCAUCAACACCGCCGUCACCAAGAUGGUCACCAAUGGGGUUCUGAUCCAGACUAAGGGCACUGGAGCCUCCGGUUCCUUCAAGCUCGCCAAGAAAGAGCCCAAGGUCUCCAAACCGGCCAAGAAGGUGAUCAAGAAGAAGGCUCCCGUCAAAGCCAAGAAACCCGCCGCCGCCAAAGCUAAGAAACCUGCCGCGACCAAGAAGGCAGCAGCUAAGAAGACAGCGGUCAAGAAGUCCCCGAAGAAGGUAGCGGCCAAGAAAGUCGUCAAGAAGACGCCGAAGAAGAGCCCCAAGAAGCCUGCCGCUAAGAAGCCCAAAGCUGCAGCCAAGAAGCCCGCAGCCAAGAAAAGUGCAGUCAAGAAGCCUGCAGCUAAGAAAGCUGCAAAGAAGUGAAGUUGCUUCAUCUCCACUCACUCAUCAGCAAAGGCUCUUUUCAGAGCCACCACAGUCUCCACUAAAGAGCUGCUGCCUGACUCAUCACUACUUCACCACUCAACAUCGCUGCUCACAAGGUCUCCUGCUUUACUUGGACUUGGCGGGCUUCUCGGUCUUCUUGGGCAGCAGCACAGCCUGGAUGUUGGGCAGCACGCCGCCCUGAGCGAUCGUCACUCCGCCCAGCAGCUUGUUGAGCUCCUCGUCGUUGCGGACAGCCAGCUGCAGGUGACGGGGGAUGAUGCGGGUCUUCUUGUUGUCUCUGGCGGCGUUUCCAGCCAGCUCCAGGAUCUCAGCGGUCAGGUACUCCAGCACAGCCGCCAGGUAGACGGGAGCGCCGGCACCCACACGCUCCGCAUAAUGGCCCUUCCUCAGCAGUCUGUGGACACGACCCACCGGGAACUGAAGUCCUGCCCGGGAGGAGCGGGUCUUUGCCUUAGCUCUGGCUUUGCCGCCGGUCUUUCCACGUCCAGACAUGUUUCAGAGCAAAAACUUCUGAAUAGGAGCAGAAACUAGAAUAACGUCAACCGCCCGAACCACAGCCUUAUAUAGCAACACAGCUGCUCACUGAUUGGUCAGAAUGAGAGGGAAGUGUGAUCGUCCAAUCAGAGGAGAGUUAUUGUAGCUCUAAGAGCCGCUUCAUUCAGGCCAACACAUCACUAAUGUCCAGUUUAAAAUAAAACGGUUUAACUAGUU